AUGGAGGUGGAGGGCGACUGCGAAGAGACGGUGAUAGGCAAUGAAGAAGGCUAUCGGGUGUGUUCCGAGCGAGCAACACAGGAUGCCGCACCGCGCCCCCGACGACGCCGACUGCUCUUGUCAACCGAUAGCGCCUUUGCGGACACGGUGCUGCCAUCGCUCGUCCAAAACCCGUACAUCGAACUCCGCCUUAUCACCGACGAACCCUCAGCCCUGCUGGCGGGCACCAACAAAAUCCCCCACUACAUGGACACGGUCGACAGCCAGACCUUCGAUAAAAAGACGGGCGCGCGGAAAUGGCUCAAGGCAAAGACGGCUGAGCUCUGCGAGUGGGCUGACAUGCUGCUGGUCGCCCCCAUCGAUGCGGGCGCUCUGGGCUCUAUGCUGGCCGGCUUGACCAAUACCUUGACUUUGGCGCUGCUGCGCGGCUGGGUCUCGGCCAAGCCGGUGAUCCUCAUCCCGGGCAUGACUAUCUCGGAAUGGGAUCACCCGCUGAGCAGUCGCCAGCUUGACGAAAUCCGCUGUUUCUGGCCAUGGAUUCGCAUUGUGCAACCCGUGCUGUGGAAGUCUAACGGCCCGGAAGACCUAACGCCACUACCAUGGGACGGUCUGAAGGAUCUACAUAAGACAUUCGAAACCUCUCUACACUUGCCGCCGUGGGAGACUACCCUCGUUAACGGGGCGGGCCUUGGAUCCGGUACUCCGCCCGCAAAACCGACCACCAAAUCGAUGCUGUCGUCGGCGACGACAUCCACAAGUGCCACCGCUUCGGCACUCCGACACCUGCAGACACACUGGCCCAAGCCGGAGGGGAGUGCACAUUCGCUCCCUCUAGAGAUCUGGCUGAACGUCUUCGAGGAUCAGCUGGGGGACUGGGAAACCGCCAAGGCUGUGGGCAUCCCGACGAAUCUCCCCGUUCCGCAAGAAUGGCAGAGCCAUCUACUGAAAAUGUCCACGCCGGCCACCCUGGAAUAUAGUAUUUUGCGGGGAUCCUUUGCCGCGAUCAAGAAGCGGAUCGACGCGCUGCCUCGGUGGAAACCCCUCUCUGACCUUGCCUGCCACCUUAUUGUCAAAUUCUCACGCACCGACAUCCUUUCCUAUCUCACUGAAAUCCACCUCGACUUACUCUGGACCACUUCCCGGCUCACCAACAUCCCAUAUCGCGCUUCUGCAAUCUACGGCAACCCGAAAGUAUUGACGUGGUGGCGCGACGCCCCCGCUUUACCCAACAAAGAGUACAAGGCGGAUGCCAUGGACGGGGCCUCCCGGGCUGGGUUUAUCGAAGUAUUGGACUGGUGGCUGCACUCGGGGCUCUCACUCCGGUAUAGCGAGCGCGCGCUCGAAGCCGCCAGCGCCGAAGGCCGAGUCGAGGUUCUAGACUGGUGGAAAACCGCCUCGGCCAACGCCCCAGUCCACAGUUCACUCCCUCUCAAAGUGGGCAAAUCCGUCCUGUUGGCCGCACAGUCCGGCCGCACCGCCUCGCUCGCCUGGUGGGAUGCCUCGGGGAUCCCAUACAGUCACGCCGAAAACGUCGCGCGCAUCGCCAGCACCCACGGCCAUGUGCAUGUGCUCGCGUUCUGGUACAGGCUGAAGGGCCCCAAGAUGAUCUUCGACAAUCAGGUCCUGGUGGGCCCGACGAAGAACGGCCACGACCACGUUUUGCAGUGGUGGAAGACGUGUGGUCUGCGCGUCGAGUUCAAGACCUGUGACAUUGAAGAGGCCCUCGAGGACGCGGACCCGGUCUCGGGCGCGGAGGGCCGUGUUCGUCGCUGGUGGGAGCGGAACGGCCUCAACCUGGGGGUUGGCACGAGCGAAUGGAUGAAACCCAAGGUGCUGUAA